GGCUCAUCUAAGUUUCCUUUCCACCUCUUUCGCAGCAGCUCUUUUUAGCAUCUCCAGCAGCCAAUUUCAAACGAUCGUUGUAGCGACAAGCGUUGUUCUUCUCCACGUCAUCUAGUUAGAAGUAGCCUUCUCCUUUUUCUUGCUCUUUUUAGCAAUCUUAGUCUUAAAAAAUGCCGAUUGGUAGCGGAGCUUCGAACAAGGCCCAACGUGGCGUAGUCGAGAAGAAGGCCAAGAGUGGUGGCGGCUGCGAACUCGAUGAGGAUAAGGCCUUUAAGGCGAAGCAGGUAUUCGAAUCUUAAGGUUUUUUGGUUUUUAGAAAAAAGGGUCAGGGAGUGAUGUUUACGUGAUCGCUGUAAUCGUGUUUGAAAAGAUGACUUUUGAACCAGAAUUAGAGAUCAUAGAGCAUCGUUCUGUUCUUGUAUAUUAAAUGACCCAAAAUCAGGCCGCAGAGAAGAAGGCCUUGGCUGCUGCCGCAGCUGGUAUCAAGGGAAAGAAGAAGUAAGCGGAGGAUGCUUCCAAGAUGCUAUUGAUAGCGUGCAAACAAACUUAAGUGGUGCAAACUGAUGUUCAUGAUUGAGGGCGCAAACUUCAUCUACUUCUCCUCAACAAUGAAGAAGGGGAACGGCUUUUCCAAUAUUGAUGAGAGGUGAUACAUUAAACCGCAUGAAUUCGAUCUAUUUUUCGUUCGCUGUAGGGGAUAACAACAUACUGAUUAUUUCUUCAUACAAGAACAAAAGUCAGGUUGAGAGCUCACUGGCGGGUCUUGUAAACCCGGGUGGGUGGGGUAGGUAUAGUUUCAAGUGUUCGAUCCCGACGAGGUCCUUGAUUCUACGACUUGGUGUCGCCAGUUGCACUUGUGCAAAGGAUCUUCAUUUUCGUGGAGGUAGCAAAAA